AUGUCGUCCGUCGCUGCGGUUUCCCAUCUCUCAUCCCCCGGCGACGAGGACCUCGCCAAUCUCUAUCACCAAGUUCUCGCCGGCUUCGCAGAGGAGUCUCCAACCUCAGAACAACCCAUGCACGAACCCGACGUCGAUUCGCUCUAUAAUCAGUACGGCGACGAUGGCGGUGAUACACCUCUAUCGGCCCGCUCGCGCUCUAAUCACACUUACUCUCCCGCAACUCCAUCUUCCCAGCCUCAUGGAAUCCCAUCAUCUGCCCGUCCAUCCCCCAACCCAACCAGCCCAGUCUCCGCGAGCGGCAGAAGUCUGAGGCCUCUACCGCGCAUCCCUGGCCAGCCUCUCGCAAACCCACCUCCUCCACCUCCUCCACCGAUAAUGUACCCCAAAGGCAUGCCCGAGCCGCGUCCUUAUCAUGAAGAAGCACCCCCACCGCCGCCGAAGCGUACCAGUGCUGAUUCCGGGCGACGCCUGCCUCAGACCCCGUCCGAGACCAGUCCUGCUGGCUUCGCGGGCGGUUAUAACGGCGCACCGACCCUGCCUCGACUACCCGCUUUCAAUGGCCUCUCGGACGAUCAGAGAGCAUACACAGGCUCUUCGCGCCCCGCCUCGUCUAGCAGCCUGCCUCAACGCCCUAUGGCGAUGCCUGUCCCGGACACCAGAGAGAGCUAUGGAUGGCGUCCGCCGAGCGACGCGGGGAUGGCACGCCAACUGUCCACUCGUCCCCUAGGAGCGAUGCCGCCCAAGAUCCCUGGCCAAAAUAGCAGCUACGAGGACAGCAAGUCGGCGAGCUCGCCUUCAGACUUGAGCGACUUGUACGCGAGUCCUGACGAGUUCUCGCCCGCCUCGCUGGCUGCAGAUCACGGUCUCAAGCCAUACGGUUCCAGCAUGUACGGAACUUCGAACAUUUCACGGUCCAUUCAGGAUCUGGGACGCUCGACGUCCGUCGGUUCCGCCGCGUCUUCCGCCCAGAACGGUGCCACGGCGGCCUACCAGAACGGGAACGCCGGCGUCGAUCGCCAGUCGUCUGUGAUCUCCGCGUCGUCACUCAGUGACACGAUGAACAUGUACUCUGGCUCGUCGUUUGUCACGACGGUCGACCGCGGGAAUUCAGCGACCUCGCACGCGUCCAAGGGCUCCAACUCGUGGACUCCGCCCGCGAGCCAAUACCCGCCGCGCACGCUGCCUGUGGUACAGCCGCAGCAGGGUUACUUGCAGACACGGCCGUUCGAGCAGGUCUCGCGGUCGAAUUCGUCGCAGGGUGCGGGCGCGGGCGCGUCCUCGAGCCGGUCCUGGCGCGACAACGACGUCGUGCGCACGCUGGAAGACAGCAAGCGCCCGCUCGAGCUUCACGAGGACUACAUGGCGGAUGAGGACGAUUAUUACUACGACGACGAGGACCCAUCGGAGGAGGGCGACGAACGGUUUUUCAACCCCGCGCUCCUGAGCCAUAUUGCCGUGCGCCUGCGGGACAAGGUCCCUCGCGGUACGCACGUCAAGGGCAGUAUUCCGUACCCGCGAGCGUUCACGGGCAAAGAUAUCGUCUCGACGAUACAGUCACAAAUCCAGCGCGAGCUGCUUAUCACGCACGGCAUCUCCACUAACGACAGACGUGCUGCCCUGCAGGUGGCGCGCAGCUUGCAGAACCAGCUCUUCUUCUACGAGGUCGAGUGGGGCGGGCGGGUGCUGCAGGACGGUGUCGAGGAUGUGUAUAUGUUCCUGGACGAUCAGGAGGGCGCGUCGGACGCCCGUCUCGAGCGCGAGGAGCUCCCUACCGCGGUUGUCACGUUGUUGACGAAGUGCUACGUGCCUAGUUGUGAUGACGAGAAUCCGUGCUAUUCAUAUGCUUGUCCGAGAAGAAAGGAUGCCUUACUUCUCAUCGGUACUCCCGAGAAGGACGAUGAAGAAGAAAAGGAUGAGUGGUCCAGUACCGUCUCACCGGAGAUCUUGCGCACACUGCCCGAAAGCGAGAUUAAUCGUCAAACGAUCAUCCACAAGAUCAUCGACAAAGAGAAGCAGUACCUUCGCGACCUGGAUACUGUCGAAUCCCUGUUCAUCAGGCCGUUGCGCAUGGCUAACCCACCUGUGAUCCGGCCAAGCGAAGUGGACGAGUUUAUCGAGGACGUCUUCGGCAACGUGCUAGAUCUCCGCGAAUGCAACCGCCGACUCCUUGAGGUAAUGAAUGUACGACAGCGUGAGCAGGCGCCGGUCAUCCUGGGCAUCGGCGACAUUUUCCUCGAGGCGGCGACCGAGUUCCGCCUCGCGUACCCGAUCUAUGUCGGACACCUCCCCGUCGCGGAGAAGAGGGUGAAGGACGAGAUGGAACACAAUGCGGAGUUCAGGAGAUUCCUGGAGCAAUGCGCCCGCCAUCCCGACGCUCAUCGUCUCGACCUCAAGCACUUCCUGAAUCGACCGUCAGAGCAUCUACAGAAAUAUCCUGUGAUGCUAGAAGCCAUCUGCAACGAGACGGCGGAAGGCAACCCGGACGCUGAUUUUUUAAAGGAGGCAAUAGAAGCUAUCAAGAAGCUGCAGACGGUCGCGCAGCUGUGGACAUUCCAGUCGGCGAUGUGCAGAGGUCCCAGCGGGAAACUGGAGUGGUACAACCUUGUCUCGGACGAGGUCAGAGCCAGCCUCCCCAAGAAAGAAACUAAGCGUCAAUCGAUCAUAUUCGAAUUGAUCAAGGGUGAGAUGGAUUAUGUAAAGGAUCUUGAGAACAUUGAAGUGAUGUAUGUUGCACCGCUGCGCGAGAUGGAUCCCCCCAUUAUCUCGCGAGACCGGCUGUCUCAGUUCAUUCAGGACGUGUUCCACAAUUUCGCUGAGCUUCAUGUUCACCACCGCAAGAUGCUCAACACCUUCCACGAAAUUCAGCGCGAGGAGCAUCCCGUGAUCCGCAGCGUCACCGCUGCUGUCUAUGACGCCGUGCUGAAUUUCCGGGAGGCGUAUAUGGAUUACAUCCCCAACUACCCCAUCGCUGCAUAUCGCAUUGACGAGGAGAUGGCGAACAAUCCCGCGUUCAAGCAGUUCGUUGAGCAAUGUACGCGGCACCCCGAUGCCCACAGGUUGGAUAUGAAGAACUUCAUCAAUAGGCCGAUCCCGAGAUUGCUACGGUACGAACUGUUGCUGAAGAGUAUUAUGGACGUGUCGCCUGAAGAGCACGAGGAUCGCGAGACUAUACCCCAAGUCUUAGAAGUCAUCAAAGCCCUUGGCAAGGAAAGCGAACCAGGAGUCGUCUCAGCGAAGCAGAAGGUCGAAGUAUGGCGGUACAAUUCAAACCUUGUCUUCAAGAGCGGCGAGACCAUCGACAUGGAUCUGUUGAACGAAAACCGUUCUCUCAUCCACGUAGGAAAAUUCCUCCGCCAACCCGACACGGGAUUCGAAUGGAAUGGCUGGACGGAACUUUUCGUUCUGCUGUUUGACAACUACUUGGUCAUGACGAAGCCCAAGGAGAAGGAUGGUGUGACGAAAUACCACGUGUACAGACGUCCGAUCCCUCUGGACCUUCUCACAUUGGCCAACUUCACUGACCCACCAACCCAACGCGGAGGUGGUAUUCUGCGUCUUGGUCGCUCCGUCCCAGAACGUCAUGAGGGAAUGGGUACCCCCGGUGCGACGGCGAGUCCGGAGACCGACGCGCGUGCAGUUUAUCCAUGCACUAUUCACCACAAUGGAAGAUUGGGUGGAUUGUAUACCCUUUUCGCUGAAUCCAUGCAAGCUCGUAAUGAGUGGAAGCAGGUGCUAGAUGAGGCGAUGGGUUUACGGAAGGUCGUGCAAGAGUCGAACAAGGUCUUUGAGAUCGAGACGUUGAGUGCAGACACCUUCAUUGUUCCUUCCAUUACACCGGGUGCGGGUGCGCCAUCUUGGAAUCACGAAAACGCGUACACGGGAAAGGUCACAUGCUCCGUGCCAUUCACUACGGCAGACGGGCGGGGCCUUGUUGCAAUUGGGUGUGCAGAGGGAGUGUGGAUUGGGUUUCGUCACGACUCUCGAUCUAUGCGCCGUGUCCUCCACCUAAAGAUGGUUACGCAGUGCGCCAUGCUCGAAGACUUCGGUAUCUUCUUGGUACUCGCCGACAAGUCCCUCUUUGCCUAUCACAUUGAAGCGCUGGUGCCAUCUUCCCCCCAUAGCGCCCAUACAUCACAGACGCCACAAAAACUGAGCGGAAAUAAGGACGUACAUUUCUUCAGUGUUGGUAGCCUCAAUGGCCGAACGCUUGUGAUCUACAUGAAGAAAAAAGGACUCGAUAGCGUCUUCCGCGUGUUGGAACCAGUUGUGGGAAAGAUCAAUGAGAGAGCAAAAGCUCCCCAGACGUUUGGGUCCCGCCUUGGUCUUCGUUCCCAGCGCUCCGAGUGGUUCAGAGUCUACCGGGAUUUCUUCCUUCCUUCAGAAUCUUUUGACCUCAUCUUCCUCAAAGCCAAGAUUGUCAUCUUGUGCACUAAAGGCUUUGAGAUCAUGGAUCUCACCGAUUUCAAGAGCGUGACUAUCCCGCAGCGCGACGAUCCGCGCCUCGAAAAAUUGGCCAAGAGGUGCGAGUCAUGUCGACCUAUGGGCAUGUUCCGAACCAGCCAAGACGAAUUUUUGUUGUGCUAUGACGAAUUCGGUUUGUACGUUGACCGCCACGGUGAUCCAAGCCGUUCGUUUGGGACGAUUGAAUGGGAAGGGACAGCGGAACAUGUCGCUUUCCAUCCACCUUACGUCCUUCUCUUCGACACCCGAUUCAUUGAAAUUCGACACGUAGAGACCGGUCGUCUUGCACAGAUCAUUUCUGGCAACGACAUGCGAUGCAUCUGGGAUGGACGCGGUACUACGAAUACCCCUACCUCUUCGGUCCCUGGUCCGGACGGCUGGCAUGAAGGCGUAUCGCAGGAGCCUCGAGUACAUGGUGUCAUGAACGUUGUCGACGCGCCGCAAACUAGUGCUGGGCCACGAGCGGCACGGCCUGUAGUGCAGCACGUCUUUGAACUGAUCCCCACGAUACCUCUUUAUCUUCCUGGAUCGCUAUCCUCGCCAUCACAAGCUACUCAUUUCGCCCAGUCUAACUCCCCUCCACACUCCCCUCGCCUGAACCCGGCAUUAUCGCAGCGCCUGUAG